UGCACCAUUUAACCCUCUACCCCUCCCCAUUCCCAAGAACAUGCCUAUAACUGCAUCUCUCAGGCUCCAGCUGCAUCUCCCCAAGAGAAGGACCCGACCCAAGCAUAUCAAUGGCCAAGGCCAAGAGUAACUCUCGUUCUUGCUCUUGUGCUUUGUUCUUUGGGUUCAUCGUCGUGGUGGUUAGCUUGAGCAGUUCAUUUGUGAGGGGAGAUGGGGAAGUUGAUGGCGUGGACCUCACCAAAGGAGCCUCCUUCAUAUUUGGGGACUCGCUUGUCGAUGCGGGAAACAACAACUACUUGCCCACCCUGUCCAGGGCUAACAUAAAGCCCAACGGCAUCGAUUUCAAAGCGACGGGUGGGACUCCGACCGGGAGGUACACCAAUGGCAGGACCAUUGGUGACAUUAUUGGAGAAGAGUUGGGACAGCCAGACUAUGCAGUCCCAUUUUUGGCCCCAAAUUCGACAGGAAAAGCAGUACUUUAUGGAGUGAAUUAUGCCUCUGGUGGAGGAGGAGUUCUCAAUGCCACUGGAAGAAUAUUUGUGAACAGGUUGAGCAUGGACAUCCAAGUGGACUACUUCAAUAUCACACGGAAGCAGAUUGAUAAGCUUUUGGGCGCAUCAAAGGCAAAAGACUAUCUGGGAAAGAAAUCAAUCUUCUCUGUCACGAUCGGGGCCAAUGACUUCCUCAACAAUUACAUGCUCCCAGUCCUCUCCAUCGGUGCGAGGAUCAGUGAGACCCCCGAUGCCUUCAUCGAUGACAUGAUCAGUCACUUGAGGAACCAACUCACGAGGCUUUAUCAAUUGGAUGCCCGGAAGUUCGUGAUCGGGAACGUUGGGCCGAUUGGCUGCAUACCUUACCAGAAGACAAUCAACCAGCUGGACCAGGAUCAGUGCGUGGACCUGCCCAAUAAGCUGGCAAAGCAGUACAACAACCGGCUGAAGGGCCUGCUCACAGAGCUGAACCAGAACCUCCCCGGAUCGACUUUCGUCUAUGCAAAUGUGUACGAUCUUGUCAUGGAACUCAUCACGAAUUACAACAAAUACGGAUUUACGACAGCGAGCCGGGCCUGUUGCGGGAACGGAGGCCAGUUUGCGGGUAUAAUUCCAUGUGGCCCAACUUCGAGUAUGUGUGAUGACCGGUCAAAGCACGUGUUCUGGGAUCCCUAUCACCCGAGCGAGGCAGCAAAUCUUUUACUCGCCAAGCAAUUGCUCGACGGGGAGAAGAAAUACGUAUCUCCGAUGAACCUGAGGCAGCUCCGAGAUCUUUGAAUGCGUUCGAAAUGACGAGAGUUGUCUGUCUGUGUGAUUGACAUAUGUGCAUCUGUUGCUUCUGCUAAUUUGAGCAAAUACAUUGACCCUUUUCUUGGUGUAUCGAGAGGGGAUUAUAAUUUACUGCUCUUCCAUUUAUUUUUCCAUAACAUUAUCCCAAUAUUUUUUUUUCUCUUUCCUUUUCCCCCCUCUUUUCAAUAUGUUUUAUAUUGAUUCUCUUGUUUC